UCGCGCAACAUUUGUGAGUUUUCUGCCCUAUUCGCGCACAAACCUUUUCAUGGCACAUUCUUUUUACAACUUUUUUUGUUGUUGAUAGCAGCGUUCGCGAACAAUCAGUCAAGUACACGGCCAGUGCACGACGAUGAUCUCGCGCAUGGCUUCGCGCCGCUUGCAACGCGCGAGCCGCUUUUGUUACCACCUCCGUGAUUACCACAUCUGUACUGAAGCUGCACGUGAUGCCGAAGCAAAAUGACCACGGGCCAUGUGGCCUUCGAGCGUUUUCUCCCAUGGGGCGGGCGCAGCAUAGGUUUCGAAACGACACCGUAUCCAAGUGACGUCUGAGAUGACGCAUCCUUCGCGGUGGCCGGAAGAUGGCGCUUCGCGUAUCGAUUGUUCUGCAGUUCGGGUCGCUUCGAAGUGGAGAAAGACGACGCCGAUUUGGGGCUUUUUAUGGCUUCGGAGGAAUUCUAGCCGCAUAGAAAUCGCACGGAGGGGACUGUCGUCGAGCCAGCAGUGAGGGUGAUCGACGCUAGGGGUGCUCGGUUUCGAAUCGCGAUUUCCUGCGGGUCACAGCCGGCCUCUUCCCCUGUCAAGUGACGUAGUCCUCCCUCAGCCGCCCGACCUAUGCAGCACUGAUAGCCGAGCAGCAGCCGCCGCGAUGAUCAUCAAGGAAUUUCGCGUCGUUCUUCCGAUUACCGUGGAAGAGUACCAGGUGGGCCAGCUGUACUCGGUGGCUGAGGCGAGCAAGAACGAGACGGGCGGCGGCGAGGGCAUCGAGGUGAUCAAGAAUGAACCCUUCGAGGGCAAGGACCUGCUCGGCGGCAAGUUCACCAAGGGCCAGUACACCUACAAGAUCUACCACCUGGAAAGCAAAGUGCCCGCGUUCAUCCGCAUGCUGAUGCCUAAGGGUUCCCUCGCGGUCCACGAGGAGGCCUGGAACGCCUACCCCUACUGCCGCACCGUGCUCACCAACCCGGACUACAUGGCCGGCAACUUCUCAAUCUGCAUCGAGACCAUGCACGCGCCCGACAACGGAAGCCAGGAGAAUGUUCAUGAGCUGCCUCCUGAGAAACUCAAGAUUCGUGAGGUGGAAAUCAUCGACAUUGCCAGUGACCCUGUGAUGCCACGGGAUGGACGCAGGCGGCAUGCCGGUUGCGGUGCAGGAGAGGACUACAAAGAGGACGAGGACCCGUCGACUUUUGUGUCCAAGAAGACUGGUCGAGGUCCCCUGAAGGGGGACUGGAUGAAGACCUGCAAGCCGGUGAUGUGUGCAUACAAGCUUGUCACAGCCGAAUUCAAGUGGUUUGGCCUGCAGAGCCGCAUCGAGGCCUACAUUCAGAAAACGGAGCGAAGGAUCUUCCUCAACUUCCACCGGCAGGUCUUCUGCUGGAUUGACAGGUGGCAUGGUAUGACCAUGGCUGACAUCCGCAAGCUGGAAGAGCAGACCAAAAAGGAAUUGGAUGAACAACGCAAGAAGGGCGCAGUUCGAGGCACCAAGGGUGAAGAGUGAAAAGCUGCCUGCUGCUGCUGGUUCAUCUUUUUGAGUCACUGUUGUUGUUGUUGUUUGCGCGUUGAGGACCUCUAGCUAAGAGAGAGAGAAAAAAUUUUGGGUGCCCGCCGUGGCUCGCAAGGACGCCCCGGGCCCCCUCGGCCAGACACAUUCCUUUGCCACCAUCGAGGCAGUGGGCGGGGGCCUGCUGUCGUCUCCUGCUCCAAUAAAAAGAAAAAAAAAAACCAAGAGAGACGAACUGCGCUCCUCCUGUCCUGUGUGUGCAGCUUCUCCCAUCUAGUCCCUCUAGCAGCAGUGCCUGCCGGUCGCAUCAGACGGCAACACAUUUGCCAGGACCAGCAGCGUUGCCCCAGCGCACGUGGCAGCGCUUCGAGCAUCCAGCCUGUCUGGUGGGCAGCCUGUACAAAGUGCUCUCGUUUAGCAGUGCUCUAUUCUGUCUGCGAGGUUCCCUAUAUCCUUAGGCAGAGAGUUUCUUACAACCAUCAACACAGAGAAAAGUGGUGCUUCUGCACCGUUUGAUGCGUGGGAAUGCCAGGUAGUUCGGGCUGGUAUGUUCCUAGGAGAGCCUGGACAUCUUGAAGGCAGGUCUUUCAUCUGCCACAGUGCUUUAGUCUGUGCUGGAAGAUGUAAAAUGCUCUUUGUUAUAUGAUUAGGAUUUUGUUAUUAAAUCGCACUUCCCUUUGUGUGUAUAGUUUUAAUGGAAUGCGAGCAAUAUCACUGGUGGGGUACAAAAUUUGAGGCAAUGAUGAGGAAGGAAUGUGCUUAUUGUGCACCACACCACUGUCACUUGCUCAUUUCAGUUUAGUUCACUUGUUAUAAGUGACCACCAUAACAUAUGGGAGAGCAAAGGCUGUACAGGAAAGCUUUCUUCGUGGCAUUAAUUUGGGCCAAGCUACUUUCAUGGCAAGCUGCAAGCUUUAUUUCCCUGCAUUUCCAUGAUAUUGCAUUACCCUCUAAGGAGCUCGCAUAAAUGAUAGCACCACAUUUGUCUCCAUAUAGCGUUGUAAGAAACAGCACGAUGCACGAUUGCCUACAACCCACGUUGUGUACUCUUCACAGCUAGGCAAAACAAGCUUUUUAGUGCAGAGCAGUGCAUAUUAUACACACAAGAAAACCAAGCCCCUGAAACGCAGAGAAAUAGAUGCUACAGGCACAGAUCCACUGUGGGUUGUCCUGCUCUGCAUAGGUCAGGAGUAUAUUGGCUUCUGUGUGUAUGCAAAUGCAAGACUUCUCUAGCAACGUGUGCUGUUUUUUUUUGUUUUUUAUUGAUGCCUACCCGUUGAUAUUCUGCUAAUCAGUUGCUUUCAUUCCAGUGCUAUCAGUGACACUGCUUCACUAGUGCCCACUUCUUGACGUGCUUAAAAUAUUUAAAAAGAACUAUCACAGGCCUUAAGGCAUUAAUUAACAUGGACAAAUAAUGUGCAAAUACUCCCUGAAAUAAAAACUCGGGAAUACGA